UGGCCGGCGUCAGUCGAACGUCUUACCGGUUGAAGACGGACGUGUUGACUUAUUUGUUUAUAAAAAUCGUAUUAAUACUUAAAAAAAACAUUUUAUGCGUGUGUUGUGUUGAGAGUUAUAAUUAGAAUUUAGGAUCAAAUUAAAGAUGUUACGGGUACUAGUAACCAUAUGUCUACUGACCCUUUGCGGGGCGCAGGAAGCCACUGGAGAUCUGGAUGCAGUCAUCAAACAGAUCUUUGGUGAACCCACCACGGCCACGUCGUUACAGCCUUCUACUUUAGUCCCAGGAGUCGCAAAAGCUGUGGACACGAGUUGCAAGACAGAUGACGGCCGUGUUGGUGAAUGCGUGCGGUAUUAUCUUUGCAAUGCCAACAACUCCGUCAUCACUGAUGGUAUCGGCAUCAUCGAUAUACGAGUACGAGAUGGUCCUUGUGCUUCAUACAUGGACACUUGCUGUCUUCCUCCUGACACAAGGGAUGUAAACAACCCAAUAACACCACCCCCUGUCAUCCAACCACAGCGUCAAGGUUGCGGUUGGCGUAACCCAGAUGGCGUUGGCUUCCGUAUCACCGGAGACAAAGAUGGAGAGUCGAAAUUCGGGGAAUUCCCUUGGGCGGUUGCUGUUUUGAAUUCUGACUACGUUGAUCCAAGGAUUGAGCCUGUCAAUGAGAACGAGCCAAAUGGUCAGAAACUCAACGUAUACGUCGGUGGUGGCUCCCUCAUACAUCCCAAUGUGGUGCUAACAGCAGCACAUUACGUCGCAGGGGCGAAGGCUUUGAGAGCCCGAGCUGGUGAAUGGGAUACGCAGACCACUAAGGAGAUAUAUCCAUACCAGGAUCGAGAUGUCGCCAAGAUUGAAGUACACAAAGACUUCAAUAAGGGUAACUUGUUCUAUGAUAUUGCGCUACUCUUCUUGUCGACGCCAAUGGAUUUGGCUCCUAACGUGGGUGUGGCUUGUUUACCCCCGCCUCGUGAACGCGUGCCUGAUGGUACCAGAUGCUUUGCCACCGGCUGGGGUAAAGACAAAUUCGGUAAAGAAGGACGUUAUCAAGUCAUCCUUAAGAAGGUCGAAGUACCGGUAGUCGCUCGAAACACUUGCCAAGAGAAACUCCGUGCGACUCGAUUAGGUCACUUCUUUGAAUUGCACACGUCUUUUAUGUGUGCUGGAGGUGAACCAGGCAAGGAUACUUGCAAGGGCGAUGGUGGGUCACCACUUUCUUGUCCCAUACAGUACGAAACGGACCGUUAUAUGCAGAGUGGAAUAGUAGCUUGGGGUGUCGGUUGCGGUGAGGACGGUACCCCGGGUGUUUAUGUAGACGUAUCAAAUCUACGCAACUGGAUAGACGAUAAAGUCGCUGGAAUGGGCUACGACCCUAAGGUCUACACUAUAUGAGAAAUGAAACAUUUGAUAUGUUAACUCUUUUAUAAUUAAACGUAUUGUUAUAAAUCUA